ACUACGUAGUUGCGCAGUAUCGUUGUUGAGCGUUGUGUGUGCCACUAGAAGAGGAUAUAAACGGUAUGCCGGUGCUCGGGCUAGCCUGACUCUCUUUCUUCGGUCCUUCGUCGAACGUCGCGUCUCUUCUUCGACCCAGGGUCGUUCACCCUGCAAGUCCAGCGUGCUCGCGUUGUCCUUCAAAAAAAACGAAUACAUACUCUGUUUUUCUGUUUCUCUCUCUGUGGCCUCCUUCGUUUGGUCCACCACGUCCUGAUCGAAUUCCCAGCGAGUUGGCUGACAUUUCUUUCUACGCGGAGAAACACACUGGUCUAGCACUCCUUCUUCAAUCCUUCUUUUAACUAUUAAAAACUGGAAAGAUAGGCAAGAGGGCAAUGCAAAACAACGAAUGGAGAGCGAUGAAGUAAUCGUGGUGUGACCUUGAACGAACUAAGAGGAGGACAUCUGAUAAAUUGAAAAACAAAAGAAUUUCGUUGAAUAAGAAACGUUGAGCUGAUCACAAAUGGCUACGCCGCCGGAUUCGCCAGGACCGGAAGAGGCUCUGUUUGAUUUCGAAAGUACACGAACCAGACAACAAACCACCAGACCUGUCGCCCUGGAGGAAUUGCUUCGACAGACCAAAUUCUCCAGACAAGAAAUACGAGUGAUGUACCGUGGCUUCAAGCAGGAAUGUCCCGAGGGUGUAGUUCACGAGGACCUGUUCAAAGAUAUUUAUGCGAAAUUCUUUCCUCAUGGCAAUUCUAGUCUUUACGCUCAUUACGUGUUCAAGGCCUUUGAUGUUAAUUGCAAUGGUGCCAUGAAUUUUAGGGAUCUCCUGGUCAUUUUAUCGACUCUACUACGAGGCAGUAUCUACGAGAAGUUACGAUGGAUCUUCAAGCUGUACGAUAUAAAUGGCGACGGAUGCAUCACCAGGGGCGAGCUAUGGGAAGUGGUGAUUGCGGUGCAUGAGCUCAUGGGACGACGACAUCACGCCGAGGAGGAAAGGAAAGCAAGAGAGCAGUUGGAUAGGGUGUUCAAGAAGUUCGAUUUAAACCAGGAUGGCAUAAUAACGAUCGAGGAAUUUAUGGAGAGCUGUCUGAGGGAUGAUGUGACUACACGGUCGUUGGCCAAGUUCGAUUACGCGUUUUGAUCUCCGGAGAAGGAAGAGCCUCCGGUGAUGACCAAGACGACGCCGCCAACGCCGCUCUCUACCACGACCACCUUCUCGCAGUCCCAAUCGCCCUCGCCACCACCGCCGUCCUACUCUCUGCUGCCACCUAUUCCACCGCCUUUGCCUUCUCAACCACCUCCAGGUUACACCGUUCAAGAUCAGGAGCUUUAUAUGCUCCUAGCGGCGCACUGGUGGAACCAACCGGAGGCUCCGCUCUUUUGCUAAGGAUAAACCGUGAUUCCCAACUUCUACAAUAAGGAAUUCCAACUUCUGAAAAGAAAAAACGGAGAAUACUGUAAAAAAAAAAAAAAAGAUAAAAAUGAAAACAAAAAGAAUGAAGCCCUUAAGAAUCUUGCGAGUUCAAGAAUUCAAUUAAAUGCUCGUGGUCAAUAGACGAACGAGCUAUAAGUUAUUUCUUCUUGCGGAAGAACUAUUUUACAUCAUGUAAGCAAAUCUGUUAAGCAUCCAGAUAUAAUGGGAGUAAAGCAUUCCCUUUAUAAGAGGGAGAUGAACGACUUGUCAAUUGUGGAAUCGACAUUACAAAAUCGAAUAUUAUCACACGAGUUAAGACUAAGAAAAUUGUAUUAACAAAUUAAGGGGAAAAAAUAAAAAUCAAUUCGACGAAUAUAUCAUGGAGGAAGAAUAUUAAAUAAGCAACUAUCAAUGAUGUCGAAUACUUCAACUUUAUUUAGGGGAAGAACUUUUGAAUAUAAAAAAAAAUAUUUAACACUAUCGUUUUCGCCAAAGAGAAGAAAACACGCUAAAAACGAGAAGAAUUCAACAUGAAACAGCAUUUUGUCUUCUUUCACUUCCGUGCCAAACUUCGAGUAAAAAAAUUAUACUAUUCCUUUCGUACGCGAUGAAACGAGGUAUGAGUAUGACUGUGUACGCGAUUGAAAGAUACGAUUUUAUCUACAAGAUUAUGUAAUUUGGAAGAUGCUGAAAAUGAGGCAGUACGUGCUAAGUAUCGAUUUGAAACAAUUAAUCAUGCACAGAAUGUUUCUAGUUUUAUAAUGUGAUCGAUAUAAUGAAUUUAUCUUUAUAAUAUUUAUUUACAAUUUUUUAAAUAACUUGUUUAAAUUUUUGAAAGAUACAAAAUCGAAAAUUUAUUGUACACUACAUAGAGUAAAAAUUUUUAUCUAUUACUUCUAUCUUCAUUUCUGUCUAUUAUAAUAUACAAUACAGAAAAUAUUGAAUUACACUAUUAAAUUAAAUAUCAUAGAAUGAUUUUUCAUUUUUUUAGUAACAUUCUGUGCUUAACGAACAAGAUAUUUGUCUUAGAAAGCAUUGCUUUCGUACGUGCUUACACGAAAAGUUUACGUAUUAAAAAUUCAAGCGUGCAACGAGCAUUCGGCGAUAGAGCCUCACGAACAAAGAAGAAGUUCGAUUUUCAUUUGAGACAAUCUCACAUGUCUUAAGGAGUUGAAAGAAAAAGGUAUACGAAAACAAUGUGGUUCUCCUGAGGAAAUAAGAUCAAGACGAUAUUCUGUUAUCUCUUUCAUAUUGAAUACUAUACAAUUAUAUCAUAUGAUAUGUCCCUGUAGGGUUCAGCUGUUUUACGAAGUUAUUAAAGUAGAAUUACAUAAUAUCGUAGGUGUAAGAGCGAUAACAGAGAAUCAGUUUUCUAAUAUCGAUAAAUCUGUUAAAAUGUUUAAAAGGGAGGAAACAAUUGUCAUAAAGAUAUAAAGAAAAAUUAAAUCGUAGUUAAGAUUAUAUAUUCUUGUUCAAUACAUAGAGGGGUGUUUCAAUCAAUGAUCGUUCACAAAACAAAACACCAAAUUGCAAUAAUUAUCUAGUGAUUUAGAGGAAAAAAAAUCUGAGAGGAGAAAAGAAUGAAAAAUCACAUGGUAUUAUAUGAGACGAUUUUGUUAUUAAAAAAUCGAAUGAUUUAUCGUCGAUUGAACGUUUGCACGACCAUGAUAGUCGACAUAGAUGUAGGCAGCUUGCGUCGAUUAUAGAAUCUCCAACUUUUUUUAGUAACGUACAGCCACGUUUUAUCAAUAUACAACACCAGGUGUGUCUUUUCAAGCUAGAGUAUCCUUUCAAAUUUUGCACAUGCACCUUGAAAACACAUUUAUACCAAGAUCCAUUUUAUAAGAUCUUUAAAAACCACUAGAAAGUUAUAAAACUACUCAAUAAUUUUUCAAAAACAUUCUUUUUUCCAUAAUUAUUUACAAACAAUAAUAUCUGAUAUUAAAUUUUCUUUAUUGAAAAAUAGGCUAAUUUGAAUAAUAGCGAGUAAUUUAGAUACUUUAUAGAUAGAUCAGAAUUUUUAGUCCAUUUUUUGAGUCCCCCAAGUACCUGUAGUUAUGAGGCGCGGAUUUACAAAAUCAUUAAUAAUAAUUAGUAUCCGUUAUAAUCAAAUGGAUAUUAAUUUGCUGAAUCAUCUAGCCAUCUGGAAUUAACUAGAAUCGUUUAAAAAUGAUAGUUACCUUGCCUCAAAAUUUUUAGGCAAUAUUAUAUAUACAUACAUAUAUAUUAUAUGUAAUUUUUCUUUUUAAUCGUAAAUCUUUCGAGAUAGAGGCUCAAGUUAGAAAAAGAAUUUAGGAUAAAUACCGUUUGUUGACCGUUGUUGUCUCUUUGUAGCACUCGCACUGUUACUUGUUAAUCAAUGAAAUCCUUCAUCAUGGUGUUUUAAUAGAAGUCGAAGACGCGUAGGUUGCUAAGCGCGUUCCUAUAGCAACUAUAUUAUUAAAUAACGAUGAUUCUCAGAUAGAGACACUCAGAUAGAGUCCGUAAACAAUUCGGAUCUCUACCAUUUCUGAAUAAUCAGCUAUUACAGAUUUAAACCUAUAGGUAUAAAUUGUAAUUUUUUAAAUUAUUUAUUUUCUAUCUUUUCUUAAUGAAAAAAAUGUUUUAAUGAAAUGACAACACCAAUUUUUAGAUAUUAAAAACUUUGUUUUUUCAUUUUGUAUAAAAAAUAACUAAAGUUUUUCGUUAAAUACGAACAUCUUUAAAUAAUUGAAAAAUUAAAAAUAAAUUAUAAAUUUAAUUUUUUUUAUAUUAAAAUUUUGUUCAAUUUUUAGACCAAAAAGAGUGAAAGUAUGCUACAAUCAAGAAUCCGUUGUCCAUUGUUCCUAAUAAUGAAUGAAAGCUUUAACGUGGAGAGUCCACAAGUCGAGAAAAUUAAUUGAAAGCCGCUUGUUUCUGGGUUUUCUAACUGAACAAGUCAAUUGCAUCCGAAGGCGGACAAAAAAUUCAGAUGACCGAGGAUUUUGGAAAGAAAAGAUUUUUCUAAUUGCACGAAAGUUUCUUCGAAUUUUAAAUGGAAGUUUUUUUCACCUGGAUAAAAAUAAAAUGAAAGAAAUCGAUAUAAGAAGCGAUUAUCGAUGCUUCUUGACGACAAGUAUGCGUGUGUAUCGCAAUCGAUCUAAUAUUAAACGAUUUUUAUAUAUUUUCUAAGAAAAACAAAAGUGAGACUUUAGAAGAUGGAAACAACGAAUGUUAUAAUUAAAAAAGAAAAAAGAAAAAAACAAUUUUCUAUGAAACAACUGGAAGCAUACUUAAGAAUAAAAGUCUCCAAGCGACGAUAAGGAGUAGGAAAAUACGGAGUAUUUCCGGUUUCAAAAGAAAGAAUUUUCAAUCAUAAAAUACGAUAAUUUUCAAUGAAAAAAAUAAUUUUUUAUUAUUAUUUAAUGCUUUAGUGCAAUUGAAAAAUUAUUAAUCUAAAAUUAUUCAAUAUUUCUUCCACGUUUUAAGUUUUCGUCAUUUUCUAAAAUAAUGAAACCGGAAGUACCCUAUCUUACAAAGAAUCAAUGAUACUUUUUUGAACUAAAAUUUUCAGGAACUUGUCCAACAUUUUACAAUGAAACAAAUUUAUACACAAACAUUUGACGAUCAUUUCCGUUACAAAAAAGAAGGAAAAGAGAAUUCAAAUUUCCCGCCAAAAGAAUUGAACACGGUUUUGUCAACGCGUUUUAGAACGUAAGAGAAACUAAAUGUUACACUUUUGUUAGUCAAUGAUUUAGCUUAUUCCUUUCGAAAAGAAUUGUAAUUUAGAUCGUUACAUAUCGUGCGUGCUUACUGGUCGUUUCAAAAUCAGGACAGCCAUUCAAUUUGAAAUAUAGAAGCGUAAGAUCGAUGUUUAAGAAUCAAAUUUUGAGGAACUUAUUAGAUCGUAAAUCUAGUACGUGUUGGUUUCUUUCUCGAAAUGAGAAUAAUGAGAUAUUAUACAGAAUAUUCCAAAAUAUGAGUAACGUCAAAAACGAUUUUUUCUUGGAAAAACAUUUUUUCGUAUACAGAUUUGAAAUAUACUUUUCAUUUGAAAGAGUUUGCAAUUUAAAUUUUAGCUUUUUCCCGCAUAUUUUGAAACAUUCUGUAUAGAUCGAAGUAGUAAUAGUCAAUUCAUGAACAUUAGAGGUAACAUAGAUCGUAAUUAACUUUAUUGAUCUUUAGAAUUUAUCUUGUUGAACUGUAAACCAAUGUUUCCAAUUGUAUCAAAAUUUAUAGAACCGUAUUUUAACUUGUACACUCAUUUGCUUCUUUGUGUACAAAAAUUUAAAUGAAGCAUCUAAUAAUCGAUUAGCAGUGAUCGAUCGAACGACUGGGGAUUCUUGGUUUAAAUCGAGUCAAAAACAACAUAAUUAUCGUUAACAAGUAUCGAUACUAUUGAUAGUUGGGUCGAUUUGUGUUUCUAAUUUAAUUCAUUUGGUCGUUAGGAUUGGUUGAUUCGCUUAAUUGCAACAAAGAAAAUAUAUCUGUCAAUGAUUGUAACAUUGUUUUUAAAUCUUAAGAAUCUUAUUUUAGGUGAUUUGGAUUUAAACUUGGUUACGGUAGCGUAAAGCACGAGUAACGAAUCAAAAUUUGUUAUGAUAGAGACAUUUAGCGUGUACUUACGAAGUAUUGAGUUAUAUAAUUCAUAGAAUAUACGACUCGAUAGUUAAGCUUUCAAGCAGUUUUUUAUGACAAGAAUUUACGAUUAGCCAUUAAAGUGAAUCGAUUAGCGAUUGAUUCCGCAUCGCCAAAGAAUUCGAAACGGUUUUAAUUUCAAAAUAAUUAAUUAUUUAAGUUAAUUUAUCGGGAAAUUAUAAGUCGGUAAUAAAUUGAUCAAGACAAAAAAUAUUAGUAGAGCCGUUUUUUUAUCUUUUAUUUUCGAUGUUAUGUAUGUAUCUAUUUUUUAAAAUACUAUAUAAUAUAUUUUGUAAAAUAAAACGCUUUAUGAUGUUCGUUCGAAUGCUUUGGUGAUACAUUGCAUCUAGAUGCUACGUAAAGUACAUUUGUUAAUUCUUAUACUGCCAGUUUUUCUGUAGAAUUCAAAUAUCACGUAUAUUAUUAAUUAAAGAAGAAAGACAAGGAACAUUUUUGCAUGCGAUAGUUCAUAAUCACCGUGUUGUCCUUUGCCCAGGCCUUUCUCUGAUACUUCUAGUGUCCAUACUCCCAAUCCUUUGUUCGUUAGAUCGAGAAAUAAUUAUACUGAAUACCGACGAAUGAUUUUUAAAGAAAUUGUAUCUUCACGUCGGAUCUUUGCAACAUGUGAAGAAUUUAUAUCUCGUCACAACUGAAUUGUAUAUUCAGAGGAAUAAAGGGAGAUGGUCAUUAUUAUUAA